AUGCUUGGCCGAUGUUUCGUCGCUUCGAACGUCACGGCACAUCCUGCAGUUGAGGAUCAGGUUGGGCGCUACUACUUUGCCACCCAGCCGCUGCCAUGCCAGGAGCACCUGGCUAAGCGGUCGUUGCCGCUGCUGCCGGGAACGAAGCUCGCUCCUGGCAGCUUAGAGAACGUGGCCCCUGCCGUGUGCGAACUCCACGGCUUUGCCCCCGAGCUACAUCGCUGGAUGACCUGCCAGCCCUCGCAGGUGACUGCAGUGGCGGACUACUGGGUUUCGCCCUUCGCCAUAGGCUACCACGGAUACAAGAAUCUUACGGACCUAUUGCAUGCUUACCGGAUUCUCUACCAAUCUGCUGGAUGCAACUGGGCUCUGCCCUUCCGACCGAAGGUGCUGCGCGAGGCCUGCACGAUAUCGAACUCCUACAAUGUCAACGACGAGGCGGUUGAGCCAGUGGAGACCUCGCGAAACUUCGAGUUCGACGAGACACUGCUUCCGUUCACCAGAUGCUUUGCCGAUCUCAGUGAUGAGAUAGCAGCCUCUGCUUUGCCAAGAGAUCUCGGACUUCACGAUGAUAGCAUCAUCACGCCAAUCUCUCCAGUUUGGUGCGAUGUUUGCGGCCGAAUGCUCUUUGGUCUGAUGCAAGACUGUGUCCGGUGUGCAGAAUGUGGUCGUGUGGCGUGCAAGACUUGUGCCUUCAGACGGAGUUGUGCCGUGAAGGAAAUUCGACAGUAUCUGGAAGCAGGUGCGCAGCUACCUUUCCACCUUCAGGACCGCUGCGGCGAAGCCGUGCUGGUGUUGCCGGUGGUGAAGCGGCAUCCUUCUGUGCUCCGCUACGUCCCACAGGAACUCUGGAGAGAUGAGACGUUCCUACGCCAGUUCCUGGACUUGGGCGGGCAUGAUGCGGGCCUCCGACAAGCUGCCAAACAGCAGCUGUCGGGGCUGGAGAAGCCGGACAAGGAUGAAAUCGCUGGUGCCGUGCUGGCGGUGCUGCGGCAGGGCUUUGAGUCCAGUGGCGUCGCUUUUGCCUUGGAGCUGCUCGCACAACUGGCAGAGAAAAGCCCUGCUGUCCUAGCUGUGGCGAAGGAGAGGCUGAACGAUGCGGAUGCUGUCGUUCGAGCAGCUGCUGUCUCUGCGGUUUCCCUCUUGGCCAGGAAGGAUGACAGAGCCUGCAAGAGUGUACCGAGGGAGCUUUUCCGACGCCUGGAAGACGAGAGCCAAGCCGUCCGAAGCGCUGCCAUCGAUGCCCUGCCGCAGCUGAAUGCAGAGGGGCGGCGGAAGCUGUCCGCUUUGACCCCGCGGCUGCAGGACCUGUGGAACUCUUCGGGCAUGCCGAAGUCGCAGAGGCGUUGGUCGCAAGGAGAUCUGCGCAACAAGAGCAGGGAAUACCUUCAGCACAGGGCAAGCAUGAUGGGGCGAAGCUUUUGCAUUCCGCAGGGGAUCAAGAUGCGUAGGAUACCCAGCUUUCCCAUGAGCGGUGAUGCCCGGGAUCCCGCGGAUGAGGAGGUGGAGAAGGAACGGGAAAGAGAGCCACAGCCGGGCGCGGGCGGUGCUUCGAGCUCGGGACCUUCCCCGGCUGCAUCGAGCCGGGAACGCGGGCGCCUGAAGGGGGAGCUGGCACUGGAGGAGCUGGCUCUGAAGGGGAGCUGCGUGAAGGACGGCGGGGUGGCCCAUGCCAUGCUCCUGGUGCCAAUGCGGAUGGAGCAGCGGCGGCUGCUGCCCGUGAGGGGCCUUCCUAGGCAACUGGAGGCCAGACUGCGGGCAGCGGUGAGGGCAAGCUUCUGCUUGAAACCCCAGCGGUGGCACGGCUUUGCCUUGGAGCAGCGGAUGAUCCAACUCCAGGCGGAUCGACAGCUGGCCUUGGCAGCCGUGGAGAAAAGGGGCCUGGCCUUGCAGCAUGUACCGUCAGAGCUCCGAGACCGCGAGCUGGUUCUGAAGGCCGUUCGGUCUCGACCCCGAGCCUUGGAGUUCGCACCUCCCCAGCUUCAAAGAGACCGAGAUGUGGUCCUGGCUGCCUUGACAGCGCCUGGGGGUCACAAGGCCUUGGGCUUUGCCGCAGCUUUCAACCAGGAUCAGGAAGUCCAGGCAACUGUCCGGCAGGUGCAGGCGACGCUUGCAGAGACCAAGAAGCCGGCAGACGAGGGUCUUCAGUUGGAUCUGCGCGCGGAGCGGCCUUCCGAUUUUGCUUCCCCGCGAAAGGCGGCCAUCCUUCAGAUCGUUCCGGAUGACAUGCUUUGCCUGCUGCACUUGUGA